AUGGAACUCUACCUAGAAAUUUCACGUCUUACUCUUGAUGACAAUAAAAAGACAGCACUAUUCAUGCAUUUUACCAAUAAACCUGCUCAGAAAGCAGAAGCGGCUGCAGUUCUAUCAGCCUGCAAUGACGACACCACUAGGAGUGGACGUAGUAAUAUGGUAUUGCGAGUUUGUUGGGAGAAUGAUACUAAGUCAGUGUUUACACAGUUUUAUGGAGAAGGUUACUGUAGUAAUACGAGUUUCGAAUAUAGAAAAGCACAGCUUUCUCAUAUGACAAAUUUAAUCUUAUUCUCCCUUGAAGAAUAUUUAUUGUGUGCUCUACCACAUCUCGCAUAUUCUCCGCAUGGCACUACUUUGACAAGCUCCACAAAUGCAAUCGGCAACCCUCCGGACGAAGUGAUGAUUUGGGAAGAUUUUCUCGAAAGUGUAAAUAAUUAUACAUUCGAUCAAGAACAAAAGAAAUAUGCAAAACUGGCUUUUAAUGAAAAUUUUAUUCCAACCAAUGUAGAAGUUGUCUGCCAGGCUAUAGACGUUAAUGUUUGCAUUCCCGUUUCUGGCACUGGUGAACCAGAUUUUGUUUGCCACAAAAAAGAUGAAGAUGUAUUGAUCUUAGCAAUCAAAAUCAAGAGAAUACACAUUUUAAACGAUGUCACACCUGACCAAAUGUUACAUGAAGUUUGCGAAGAGAAUGCUAAAGUGAGGAUGGUCAUACAACAACUCUACAACUACUUGUCAGAAAACGAAUUUAAAUAUGGAAUACUUUCUACUUAUGAUCGUAGUUGGUUUGUUAAGAGAGAACAUAGAUGUCUAUAUAUAUCAAACUCUCUUGGAUAUGAUUCGACACAUCCACCAGUUCUAAAAACCUACGCCUAUUUAGCCCAGCAGGCAAUUGACAAUGCUGAUGAUUCACAAUGUAAUUCUCGAAAACGCCGAUAUGAUGAUCCUAGCUCAAGACAACCCCCUUCUGGAAAAAGUCAACUAACGCUAGCUUCAUCUUCCAAAGAAUCAUCUUCCAGUACUUCCGGAAAAACAUCAGGAAAACAAGCCAUGGAAGCACAGAGUUUUAAGUAUGGGGAUUUUAAGUAUACAAGUAUAUUAAGUGUUGGAGAAAACAAAAAGGUUCUUGAAUGUGAAUUCCGUGAGAAACCAAUUAUCUUAAAAUGCACAGACUUGUCAAAGAAACCUAAUUGUCUGGAUGAAUUAACUGUUGUUUAUGGGGAUUUGGCAGAGGGAAUGAGCUUUGUUAUGGGAUUGAGUAUUGUUGGUACCACAUUGUAUCACCAUAAAAUAAAUAGAUGGCAAAAGAAACGGGCUCUUAGUGCAUUAAAAAGAAUUCAUGAUUGUAAAAUUCUUCACAAUGACAUUCGUGAAGAAAAUAUCCUGAUUGAUGAAAGAGGAUAUAUUUAUUUGACUGAUUUCGGUAUGUCAAUUCAAAAUUAUGAUGAGAGGUUGUUUCUUAAAGAGAAGUCUGAAUUAUCACAUUUGUUAGAUUGCUAUAUGUGA